CGCAGCCGGGACCCGGUGUCAGGGCGCCGCGAGGGGCAGGGCCGGGGGUGCCGGGGGUCCGGGAUGCUCCGAGAGCUGCAAACCCCGGUCGGAGCCUUUGUGUGUGCAAGGAGAGCGCUGCCCCGAGAGCGGCCGCGGAUCGGGGAGGGGAGAGCCUGCCCCCCGCACACCCCGCUGCGCUGAGUUCUUGUGGAACCAGAGAAUCCCCGGGUUGGAAACGACCUUUGAGUUCGUCAAGCCCAACCGUACCUGUCCGCUGCUAAAUCACAUCCCGAAGCACCUCAUCUACCCGCCUUUUAAACACCUCCAGGGAUGGAGACUCAACCACCUCCCUGGGCAGCUGUUUCUGCGCUUGAGAAGCGUUUCAGUGAAGAAGUUUUUCCUAAUGUCCAACCUGAACCUCUCCUGGUGCAGCUUCAGGCCGUUCCCUCUCAUCUGUCAUCCUUGUCUGCUUGAAUCCCUUACCUACGGUUUCCCCCAUCCAUCCCUUUCCACCUGUCACAGAGCAAAUGUGUGUCCAUACCCAAUUUCCACCAGGUGCCCGUGACUGCAGUUGCAGGCAGGCAGUUUGUGCCCCUGCCCCUGUGGAAAAUCCUUGUUCUCACUGGCCACAGAGUGGUUGCUCACCCUGCACACCUUGGCUGUAGGUGCUCGGGCAGCACAAUCCACGGCUCCCACGUCUGUUGUACGGCUUCCCUGGCAUCCCAAGCUGGACAGGAGGGCAGUCACUGGCAAGUGCUGUAGCUUACGAACAAAUCCAAUGGUACAGGGAAAGGGAUUCUCAUCACACCCAAGACAAGGCGAUAUUGUAGAACCAUGGAAUGGUUUGGGCUGGAAGGGACCUUAAAGAUCAUCUAGUUCCAGCCUCUCUGCAAUGGGCAGGGACACUUUCCAUUGGAUCGGUUUGCUCAAAGCCCCAUCCAACCUGGCCUUGAACACUUUCAGGGAUGGGGCAGCCACAACUUCUCUGGGCAACCUGUACCAGUGCCUCACCACCCUCACAGGAAAAAAAUUCUUCCUGAUAUCUAAUCUAAAUCUCCCCUCUUUCAGCUUAAAACUGUUCCUCUUCAUCCUAUCACUGCACUCCCUAGUAAAGAGUCCCUCCCCGCGUGCAACUGCAUAAUUAUUUUUUUUUUCUGUGAUAAAAAUGUCGUCACAUUGAUUUUAGUGCAAGCAUUAUCCUUCCCAAAUAAUAACUGGGGAGUAGAAGAUAUUGAACACCACCUUCUGAAUUGCAGGUUUGUGCUGUUGUGCCUGGCGUGACCCUGCAGAGAGCGCUUUACCCUCUGACAGCACUUCAGGAACAGACUGCAGGAUCCCAAGGAGCACCAGAAGCUGAAAGUAUGGCGUUCUGCACUAGGAUGAGUUCUACAACCUCCACAGCUUGGUACAGCCACCGGAGGAACACAGAGUUGAGUGGUCGGAAGAGAAAAUAAGUAGCCGUAUGCAAAUAGCAAAGAAGGCUUCCUGAUUGCUGAACCUGACGUUAUUGCCCACAUGGACCAAGGAGAAGAACAAGAUCAUGAGGCCUUGGAGGAGGCACACAUGGGUGGUGAGUUUGGUCCCCUUCCACAUUACCUUGCAACCAAAGAUCUGCAGGACAUGUUUGCAGCAGGUUCCAGAGGAGGAGACGAGCAGUUUGGGGACAGCCAUGGUAGUCAGCAUGGUUUCCCAGAGGCACAGCAAGGUGACUGUGAGGAGGAAGAGAAGGCUAACCUGCCUUGCUCUGGUAUCAGCCUGGUGAAAAGACAGGAGAGAAGGAUGGUGGCAGCCUCCCGGCAAGCGCCUCGUGCAGAACGGCCCACCAUCUGUUCUGAGUGUGGCAAGGGCUUCAGUAGGAGCAUCCACCUGAUCCAGCACCAGCGAAUGCACACUGGGGAGCGCCCGUUCCUGUGCGGGGAGUGUGGCAAGGGCUUCAGCCAGAGCUCCCAUCUUAUCCAGCACCGGCGGGUCCACACAGGCCAGAAACCCUACACCUGUGUUGAGUGUGGGAAGAGCUUCAGCCAGAGCUCCAACCUCCUCAAGCACCAGCGCAUCCACACCGGGCUCAAACCCUAUGUGUGCAGCGAGUGUGGGAAGAUCUUCAGCGACAGCUCCACCUGCAUCAAACACCAGCGUAUGCACACGGGCGAGCGGCCCUACAAGUGCCUAGCCUGUGGGAAAAGCUUCAGCCAACACUCCCACCUGCUUCAGCACCAGCGAGCCCACGACGGCAUCCGGCCUUACACCUGUGGGCAGUGUGGCAAGUGUUUUGGGCAGAGCUCUGACCUCAUCAACCAUGCUCGUACCCACACUGGCGAGAAGCCUUACAAAUGCAGCCAGUGCGGCCGGGGCUUCAGUGGCAACUCCAACCUCAUCAAGCAUACCCGCAUCCACACUGGGGAGCAGCCGUACCACUGCACCCAGUGUGGGGAAAGCUUUCGGUUCCAGCCCCAGCUGGUGCGCCACCAGAAGCAUCAUACAGAGUAGCUGGCAGAGAGGAGAAUGCCAUGUGGACAAUAGGAAGGUACCUGGUGCUGGGAGGACAUACAGCUGCUCCCUGGACAUCUCAUAUGAGGCAUGAAUUCUGGGAGAGGGAGCCCUCAGAGCCUGUCCCCUUUUCUUCUGGGUAAAUCUGUUUGUGGGCAUCUCCCAGACACUCGAGCAAACAGGGAGGCUGCUGCCAAACAAACUAGUGUGUGUUCACUACAGUGCAAUGGUCCUGGACCCCUCCUUUGGGGAUGGGGAAAAGAAAGGUGCUUACAGUAUGGUACGUUCAAGGCCAGAGAGGAGAGCAUAGAGAUGCUCCAAGGAACAGUGCCUUUUUCCGUUAUUUCUGGUGGGGAGUGAUUUUUAUUUAAGUGAAAACCAGCUAAAAUCUGUACCUGUUUUCCUCCAUGGUAAGGCCACAUUCUGGGAUGAUACUCCCCUUGGAAUCCACAUCUCCCACUUGACGAUAUUCUUGGUCUUAGGUGGUGUUGGCAUCUUAUUUAUUUUAAAACCCCACAAGACUGUGCUGAGUGCCUCGGUGUAUGUGUUGUGGGCCCAGCUGAUGUUCUAUUGGGGCUGUGUCUGUGGAGCGGUAUUUAUGCUGGGUUGUAUGGUCGUUAAAUUGACAGUUCCACAAAUUACACUGCUGCUUGACAGCUUAGACUUCAGCAGCAAUUAAGUAAAUCAACAUCCUAAUAGGUAUUUCUCUCAGAUUUUUGUUUAGCUGCUUUUGUGGGUGGCACUUUAUGAAUGUUUUUAUAAGACUUUUAAAAGUAUUUAGGAUGACUUUUUAAAUUUUAAAUUGUGAUCUUCUAAUUGUCAGUUGAUGAACAGAAAUAGAACGUUUGAAAAAAGCUAUGUUAAACUUUUUUCUUGCAUAAAACUCUUUAACUUAAA